GUUUCAAUGUCCAUAAAAGAAAAGUUCAUUUUCAAAACUUUAUUACCAUCAAAAUAAGAUGAACCAGAUAUUUUGAAUGUGUGAAUAGAAAUAAAUUUUAGAAUAUUAAUAAAUAUCAGAUACAUAAUCAAGUAAUUUUUAAAAGAAUUAAAAUUUAAAUAUCCUGAAAAUACAAGAAGCAUGUGAGAAUGCCAGUAUGCUGUCUUCCUGCAGCUUAUCAUUAAUUACUUAUAAGAGGAAAUCAAAGUUUUCAUUUUAUGAAAGUCAAGAAAAAUUGCUGAUAUUCUUCCUCCUGUGGUUGCACAUUCAGUAGUAAAAAAUAGAAACAUCUUCUGGAAGUAUGAAUAUACAGCGACUUUCUACAACUUUUGAUGUCAUUUUACAUUACAGACAGGAAAUAGACAAACUGGCUGGAAUGUAUAUAAUGAAACUUUAUUCAGAAGUAGAAAAGAAGAAGAAGAUAAUGACUAAUCAGAAAUGUUCUAAAGAUUUGGAACAAUUUACACAUAACUUGUCAUUACAAUUAAAACAAUUUGAAAAAGUUGUUAGUAAUUUAAAGGCUCGUCUUUCCUCUGUUUAUACCUUGGUUCUUGAAGAUGCCAUUCAGUACUCAGAAAAAGUUAGAAAGGAACUUCUACAUGAAUGCAAAUUAUUUGAAAACUUCUUUCAAGCUUAUGUAUUCCGAGAUGACAUAAUAAAUGUUUUAAAAGAUGAUAAAGUGGCCAUCAUUGUUGCAGAAAACUCUUUUUGCUUUAACUUUAUUUUACCACCUCUUAUCCGAAUUGCAUUCCCUCAUAAAUCUGUCAUAUCUUGUGAAAAUUGUGAUAUAUUGAAAUUAAGACUUAGUAAUUGGUUAUCUAAUUUCUUAAGUGAAAAAAUCGGUACAGAUUUAUUUAAUGAAAGAAGAAUGGCUACUCAUAUUUCAUGUCUUAAUGAAAAGCAACUACUAAACUAUUUUGUAGAUAGCAGAUUUGUUGUUAAGCAAGCAUUUGUUAUUUUUAAUGUUCCCUUGGUGAGAUCAAUUGAAUCUGAUCUUUUGCUUUCGUACCUUCGAGAUAUGAUUGUGGCCAAUGAAGAUUCAAGAUUGAUUUUAUUAAUAUCACCAUAUUCAGAUUUAAAGAAUUAUCGAAACUAUUUCUCUAAAAUUAUUCAAGUAGUUAGAGUCUUGAAAGCACCUUGUAUUUCUUAUCCUGUUGAAACUGUUUGGAAAAAUAAUGCAUUAACUCCUUUGGAAGAUUAUGUUUCACAUGUUGUUAACACCAUUAUGAGUAUCCUUGCAUUACAUAAUUUUGGAGACAUUCUAGCAUUCCUGCCAGAUAUCAAUGAUCUCAAACAAGCAUCAGAAAUGCUAAAGGAACAGUUGAAAAAAUUUCUUUAUAACAACGUUGAGUAUUAUUUAAUACAUGAAAAUGCUAUCUAUAAUUUAGAUUGUAGUAUCUCAACAAAUUUAAAAAGAAAAGUUUUUCUUUCCACAGAAUGUUCCGAAGCAAUUAAUUUUCCUUCUUUGAGGUUUGUUGUUGAUAGUGGAAUUAGAAAACAUGUCUUUUAUGAUAAUUUAUUAAAAAUAGAUGUAUUAAAAAUGACUUUUAUUUCUUGUUGGGAAGCCAAGCUGCGAAAAAGUCUGGCAGGGAGAUUUAGUAAUGGGAUUUGUUAUAGAAUCUAUAAUCUAUAAGGAAAAUUAUUUCAUGGAUAUGCCAUGGAAAGAUUGUCCAGAAAUGUUAAGAGUGAAUCCUUACAAUACUAUGAUAAAAAUUAUCCAAUACAGAUCUGGCAAAACCUUGCAGUUUGUAGAAU